AUGUUCGCCUUUCCGUCUCCUUUCCCGGCAGUGGCUGCGGGCAGAGCCCAGGUGCAGCAGGAGCCGUCGGCAGAGACCACCGAGGGCAUCGGCAUCAGCAUCAACUGCUCACACCCCAACAUCCAAACCAGCGAGUUCAUCCAGUGGUACCGUCAGCUCCCGGGCCGAGGACCCGAACGACUCGUGAGCGGUCUCAAAGGGUCCAAAGAUGUGGCGGAGCCGCCGGGCCGGCUGUCGGUGGCGGCAGACCGCCGGUCCAGCGCCCUGUGGCUCGCCUGGCCCCGGCUCGGGGACGCGGCGGUGUAUUACUGCGCCCUGGAGACACGGGGAGACGAGCCGGGGCUGCGGCCGCGCAGGAACCGCCGCGGGCGGGGCCGGGCGUGUGGGGCGGGGGGACAGCCCCGGGCGGGCCCGCCAGGGGGCAGCAGAGAUCCUCCUGCCCAGGGGCAGCCGGGCAGCCCUCGCUCCUGCCCAGGCACCCGACAUGGAACAUCCAGGGCCUCUGCUCGGGAUUCUGACGGCCCCCACCAGGGCAGCCACGGCAUCCCUCAGCAGGGGCUUUGGGCUUUCCUCUGCCCUCUGAACACACGGAUGGACGCCAGUGCCAAGGAGCUAACGCAACAUUUGAUUUAA